GAAAUUCGUGUUGAUUAAUAGUUUCACUAUCACGUGAUUCAAAAUGGCUGUAUUUCACAUAUAACUUGUGUCAAAUUCUGGCAUUACUGUCGGUUUUUCAUAUCCAUGAAGAUUUUUGAAAAAUUCUUCGAUUUGGAUUAAAAUACUGAUCUUACUAAAAUGGUUUUAUGUAAUGGCUACUUUUAUAUAAACCAUCAGCUGUUAGGAAAGAAUUUGAUGCAUCUAAGAUCUCAUCAAAAUGUAUUCUUAAAGAACACAUUAAAGCUGCCUACCUUUUUUAUGAUUCUUUCUCAAAAUUAUGCAUUAUGAUCCUUUAUAUGCCUAAGUAAGGAUCUUGAAUAGAUUCAUGUAUUGAAAGGAUUCAUGUAGAAUUAUGAAUGGACAAACAAAUACAAGCAAUUCUUCUUAUCAGAGCUAUGAAAUAAAUGGUACCCAGAUUAUCUUACAGACUCUAUCAGAUUCAAUGGAUACUUUAGUAAAAGUAGCAACCUGUGAUGAGGAUCAAGCUGGUGUUAACUAUGACGAGGAAGCAACACAAGUUGAGCAUGAGGAAGAAUCGAUCCCUCUAGUUUAUUUAGAUGGCCAAGUGUAUGCACUUAGGAAUGGUGAACUUCAAGAACUCGAUCUCAAUCACAUUGUAGAUCGAAAUGAUUUUCAAGACGACUCAAUAAUAAUAUCAAGAGAUGUGCAUAAUAAUGAUGAUUCAGAAUGUGCAGUCAUUACAGAGUACAUAUCUGAGGAUAAUGUUCCAAUUGAAAAUGCAGAGAUCAGUCAUGAAGAAGAAUUCAUAUCUGAGGAUAAUAUUCCAAUUGAAAAUACAGAGAUCAGUCAUGAAGAAAAAUACGAAGUUGUAUUAGACAGAAAUGAAAAAUUGAUUGUUGGAAAGGAGAGUCUGAAUGCGAAUGAUUUUGUCGAGGUUGUCACAGCUUUCAAGUGUAAAAUCUGCCCUUACACAACGCAAGACAGAACGCAGUUAUUGGAACAUCUUGAAAGUGUACACGUUAAUCCACUAACAGAAUCACAGAAAAAGAAGGAGGAAGAAGAGCUCAAAUCUGGAAAUGAUGUUAAGCUGGUUUAUAUGUGUGGAGAAUGCUCCAAUUGUUUCCCAACAAUUGAAGAUUGUCGACAACAUAUGAUAAAUGAUCAUCAGCUUACGGAUCGUGGAACUGAUAAAAACAUUAAAGAAAAUCGAGCGCAUCGUGUCGAACAGUCAGAAUCAUUUGUAUCAUCUUCAAAUGAUCUCGCCGAUAGCGAUGAAUCGAAACAACCACAACCAAAAGUACAGAAAGAAUCACAUAAUGGCUACGUAAUUGAUAAAAAAGCCGUAGAAGUAAAAGAUCGAAAUAUAAAAUGCAGCUUCCGGGGAUGUCCGUACAAGUUUAGCACAAAAGAGAAGAUGCAGCAGCACACUGUGUGCCAUGCGAAAUCGCAAAAUGCAAACUUAUACAAGUGCAAUCUCUGUCAAGGCAUAAACUUCGCUAAGUGGAGACCGUGUAGUCUUCACUUAUGGAAGAAACAUCAAAUCGAUAUUGAUCUUCUAUCCUGCAAGGUCUGCAACACCUACAAAAGUGCCACCAUGGUGAAGAUGCUGACACACUUGCGAGUGCACAGUGACAAUCGCGAAUACGAAUGUCCAGAAUGUGGAAAAUGUUUCAAACAGUCAAGUCAAUUGCGAAAUCAUCGCGUUAUGCAUAUGGAUCGUAAAACUAGCGAGACACAACGUUGGUAUACCUCGAAGACUUGUGAAAUUUGCGGAAAGACUUACGCAGAUUCCAAGUGCCUCAAGAAUCACAUACAGGCAGUACAUUCGAAGUUGCGUCCAUAUGUUUGCAACGUGUGUGGACACUCGAGCGCCCGUAAGGCUAUGUUGCAGAUGCACCUGCGACAACACACUGGUGACAAACCUUUCAACUGCGGGCUUUGCGAAUUUAAAACAGGAGAUCAUAAUUCACUUCGUCGACACAUUAUGAGACACACAGGCGUGAGACCAUACAAAUGUCCACACUGUCCUUAUUCGGCUAUACAGAGUAACAGUUAUAAGAAUCAUUUGCGAUCAAAGCAUCCGUUGCUCUCAGGAUCGUUCACGUGUGAUUUGUGUCAAUUCAAGACGGUUAAAAAAGAAAGUUAUAUGCAGCAUGUUAGCGAUCAUGAAAAAGGUCUAAUCAAAGUGCCCACACAGAAGAAAGAUGACGAGAACGUCGAGGUCUUCCCUGGAAAUAUAGCAGCUGCUCAGUUGAUCUACAGUUGCUUAGGUGCGUUUUCCAAGGUUGGAAAAACAAUAGAAGCGAAUCUAAUGUCUUCCUCGACUUCGGCCGACGGUACUUCGCAGACAAUUACAAUUCAGAUACCGUCCAAGGAUCUAGAGGGAUCCUUACCAACGAGCAAUGAAAAUCCGAAGAAUAAUGCGUUGAUCGAGCAGGAGGAUGAGGAGACGAUGCAUUGUUUUCUAAAGAUUCCACGAGAGGAAGAAGAAAACAUUGAUACCGGUGGUAUCACCAUACCAGCCGAAACUGAAGAUCCAACAGGAUUUAAUAUGAAUGUCAACAAUUGAAAAUUCUUAGUAAAUACCUUAGAUAUACAUAUAAAAAUGAUUAUAAUGAUGAAUGGAAACAUACACACUAGUCAAGGUGUUUAGAGAUUACGCCUGGAUUACUUUUGAUGCAGAAUUCAUGAUUUUUGUUUACUACAUUGACGCGAAUUGAGUAUCUCGUUUAAUUUUCUUUUGAUAUGUGGCUCCAACACUGUUGAUAUACGAAAGUUAUUCGGUAUUUGUUGUUUUUGGUGAAAGGUAUUGAAAAGUGGCUGUGCGUAACGCGAAAAAGAAUGCUGUGAAUUUAGAAUAUUUGUUUGUUGUAAUUCUAUUGAACGUGCGCGGUUAUCAGAAAGGAUCUUAUUAUAUUUUAAAACUAAAAAUAAUGAAGUAGAAAGAGAACAAAGUGAAAUAAAUGAAGAGAAUUCGUACUCGUCUGUUCAGCCAUAUACUGAGCAGGUAUGUGUGUAGAGCCGUAGCAUUUUUUCCCCUAUUUGUGUAAGAAACUAGUAUGUAAUUUUUUUUAACGCUUAGGAUACGUAGUCUUUUGUAUUGUCCUGCUGUAGUCAACAGCGAAUUUUGAUAGGUGGCAAGAAUCGUGUGAUAUUUCAGAUAAUAUAAAUACGCAUUAUUAAUUUAAUGCUAAUACAUUUUUAA